CAAUAUCACGGAAAGCUCGGUAGCCACAGAGUUCAGUUACCGGCCAUCGCAACCAUGGAGAAGCUGCUGCUGACCCAGCUUCUGUUUCUGCUCCUGAUCCCACUGAUCCACUCCCAAAGGAGCUCACAACUGGACGAACUGCGGCGACUGGGAUUGGGCAAUGUCGUCAAUGUGCCAUUCUUCAGCGAUGUUCCCCAAAGGAACUAUGACUUCAUAAUAGUUGGAGGCGGAGCUGCUGGCUGUACAUUGGCCGCUCGGCUCUCGGAGAAUCCCAACUGGAGUGUGUUCCUCAUCGAAGCCGGAGGAGUGGAAAACAUAGUGCAUCAGGUGCCACUACUGGCGGCCCACCUGCAGUCGACUGCCUCCAAUUGGGGCUACAACUCGACGCCCCAACGCCAUGCCUGUCGUGGAAUGCCCGAUAACAGGUGUGCCCUGCCGAGGGGCAAAGUUCUGGGUGGCACCAGCUCCAUCAACUACAUGAUCUACAAUCGAGGCAAUCGUAGGGACUUUGAUGCCUGGGCAGCAGCAGGAAGCCCCGGCUGGAGUUACGACGAGGUGUUGCCCUACUUUCUGAGAAGUGAGCAUGCGCAGCUUCAGGGACUGGAGCAAUCGCCAUAUCACAAUCACAGUGGACCCUUGAGUGUGGAGGAUGUGCGGCACCGGACGCGACUUGCACACGCCUACAUUAGAGCUGCCCAGGAGGCGGGUCAUCCGAGAACGGACUACAAUGGUGAAUCCCAGCUGGGGGUUUCGUAUGUGCAGGCCACCACACUGAAGGGCAGGAGGCAUAGUGCCUUUCGUGCCUAUAUAGAACCCAUUAGAUCCAGGCGUCGUAAUCUGCACAUCCUAACACUGGCUAGAGUCACCCGAGUCCUGAUAGAUGCAGCGACCAAGUCCGCCUAUGGAGUGGAGUUGACCCAUCAGGGCAGAAGCUUCAAGGUGAAAGCCCGCAAGGAGGUCAUUCUAUCGGCGGGUGCCUUCAACUCUCCACAGCUGCUGAUGCUGUCGGGGAUUGGGCCAGAAGAUAACCUUAAGGCCAUUGGGAUACCCCUGAUCAAGGCACUGCCAGUGGGUAAGAGAAUGUUCGAUCACAUGUGCCACUUUGGACCCACUUUUGUGACCAACACCACGGGCCAAACUCUAUUCGCCGCUCAAUUAGGAGCACCGGUGGCCAAGGAAUUUCUACUGGGCCGGGCCGACACCUUUCUGUCCAGUAUCGGUGGCGUAGAGACGCUCACCUUCAUCAAGGUGCCUUCGGGCAAGAGUCCGGCUACCCAACCCGAUGUGGAACUCAUCCAAGUGGCCGGCAGCCUGGCCAGCGACGAUGGCACUGCCCUGGCCAAAGGAGCCAACUUCAAGCCCGAGAUCUACGAGAAAAUGUACAAGGAUCUGACGCUGAGGCAGCAGGAUCACUUCAGCUUCCUCAUCAUGCACUUCAAGCCCGCCUCUGUGGGUCGCCUCUGGCUGCACAAUCGCAAUCCACUCGAGUGGCCACGCAUCGAUCCCAAGUACUUCUCGGCCCCGGCGGAUGUGGAGAACUUGCUGGAGGGCAUUAAGGAGGCACUCAGAAUCUCCAAGAUGCCGGCCAUGCAGGCCAUUGGAACCAGAUUGCUGGACAAGCCGGUGCCAGGUUGUGAGAACUACGAGUUUGCUUCGGAUGAUUAUUGGCGGUGCUCCAUACGCACGCUAUCCUACACACUGCACCACCAGGUGGCCACCUGUCGCAUGGGCGCCGAAAGCGAUCCCACCACCGUGGUCAAUCAUCAGCUAAAGGUGCAUGGAGUGAGGAAACUUCGGGUGGUGGACACCGGUAUCAUACCGUUUCCACCCACCGCCCAUACAAAUGCAGCUGCAUUCAUGAUUGGGGAAAAGGCGGCUGAUAUGAUACGAUCCGAAUGGAGUUGAUUAACUCCAGAUGGAGAUCAUCAGCUUCCAAAACAUCAGCGAUUUAUGUAAUGGGGUUAAUAAAAUGCGAGAGGAAAGUUUGAAAGAAAGCAAACGGGUAAAA